CUUUGGUAAUAAAUUCGAAACUUCUCUCAUGCGACGUGGCUUAACCACUCAUCUCAAUUUCUCCCACGGUCUAGAUUCUCUCCGCUUCUAUGUCUUUCCCGAGAAAAUUCGGGACAGCGAUUCACGCCGCUCUAUCUUUUAUCGUCUUCUUUUUCUUGGACCUCCUCGACGCGAUUCUCUGUGUCGUUUACGAGUUCGUCGAUGAGAUUUUGGAAGAAAACUCAACAGGUUGUUACUGCACGGCGGCGGCUCCUCAAAGUCAAACCACCGACGAAAAUGAGUUGUCGUCGGAGACUUUAUUCGGGAGGAGAAACAUUUUCCGGGGAAUGUGGUUUCUGGGAUUCGCGAGAGAAUUCAAAUCCAAGCUUUCCCGGAAACUGAGAAAAUCUAAGAUUCAUCAAGAGUCAGUGAAUCGAUGGUCAGAUUGUGGAUGCAAAUCUUGCAAGUCAUGGACUAAGAACGAAGAUGGGAAUCUUCACGUCGUGGUCAAAGAUUCUACUUCUCGAGAAACAGAGUACUCUGUUCAAGAACCGUCCGAGAAUGUAAUAUUCAUACACGGUUUUAUGGGGUCAUCACAUUUUUGGACAGAAACUGUAUUUGAACACAUUCAAAAAGAUGAUUAUAGGCUCCUCGCGAUCGAUCUUUUGGGAUUCGGGGAGAGUCCUAAGCCAAGGGAUAGUCUCUAUACAUUGAAAGAUCAUGUGGAUACGAUAGAGAGAUCUGUCAUUAAGCCAUACCAAUUAGAUUCUUUUCAUGUGGUUGCACAUUCAAUGGGUUGCUUAAUUGCUCUUGCUUUGGCUGCUAAACAUUCCAACAUUGUUAAAUCCGUUACUCUUGUUGCACCGCCUUAUUUUCCUUCAUCGGUAGAAGGAUCGGUCUUGAACCGAAUCGCUAGAAAGCGGUUGUGGCCACCGCUUGCGUUUGGGACAGCGGUGAUGUCUUGGUAUGAACAUAUUGGUAGAUGCGUAUGUUUCAUAAUCUGCAAGCAUCAUAAGAUAUGGGAGUGGCUAAUCAAGCUAUGUAUAGGUAAAAGGGAGAUUCAUUGGAAGAUCAAGGACAUAACAAGGCACACACAUCACUCUGCAUGGCAUAGUAUGCACAAUGUGAUAUGUGGUGGCUCCAAAGUCGCUGAUGAACAUCUUGAAACCCUAAUAAAGUCUGGCGUUAAGAUUCACUUGAUGCAAGGCGACUGUGACCAAAUCGUUCCUUCACAUUGCUCUGGCAACAUGAAGAGGACUUUUCCGGCGGUGGAAGUUGAUAUCAUUACUGGUGCUGAUCAUGAUAGUAUGAUAAGCGGAAGAGGAGAAGAGUUUGCUGAGAAAUUGGAGAGCAUUUGGUGUUCAUGUUAAAGAGUCUGGUUAGUUUUUUCAAACUUUAUAGGUAGGAGCCACUGUAGUCGAUGUCGACUGACUACAUGUUUGAGUCCGAUUGUAAGAUCAAGUCUAUUGUUAAUGAGCCAUCUAAUGGACGCCUAUAUGGAGUCCACUUAUCGAACCAAACCUUGUAUAUUAGAAGUUUAAACCAUGUGCCACCAACUGACAUCAGCAUAAAUUUCAUAGUCAAACUUUAAAACACAUUAAAUAACCACACAUACUAGUCUAACAAGCCA